AUGUCUGCCACAGACUCCAAACCACCCAUCCCCAACCUCCGAGACCUCGCCGGCGGCUCCCUCUCCCUCGUCCGCCCCAACCUCAUCCUCCGCUCAGCCGCCCCUCCUACAGUCUCCAGCCCGGACCUCGAAGCCCUCAACAUCAGCACCGUCUUCGACCUGCGCUCAACCCUCGAGGCUGCGCGCCCCAACUCCUCCGGCGACCUCGGCAACCCAGAGUCCCCCGAGCAGUGGCCCGGCGGCCCUCGCCGCGUGCACGUCCCCGUCUUCGAGGGCGCCGACUACGGUCCCGAGGCCGUGGCCGUGCGGUUCCGCAAAUACGCAGACUCGCACCCGACCGAGGGCUUCGUCACGGCGUACAGGGACAUUGCCGUGGCGGGCGCGCCGGCGUUUGCCACGGUGCUCAACCACAUUGCCUCGGACGACUUCGACCCCGCGGCCCAGAAGCCGAUCCUGGUGCACUGCACGGCCGGCAAGGACCGCACGGGCGUCUUGUGCGCCCUGAUACUGAGCCUGUGCAACGUGCCGGACGAGGCGGUGGCGGAGGAGUAUGGGCUCACGACGCAGGGCAUGGCGGCGGCGAAGCCCGGGCUGAUCAAGUACCUGGUUGCGACGCCGGCGUUUGCUGGAGACGAGGCGGGCGCCGAGAGGAUGCUGAGCUCAAAACCCGAGUCCAUGGUAGCUACACUCGCCAUGAUCCGCAAGGAAUGGGGCUCCGCCGAGGGCUUCUUCCUCAAGGAGGGCAAGGUCUCGCCCGAGACUAUCACCCGCGUUCGACAGAAGCUUCUUGUCAGCAACUAG